AUGGGGUCGGUGAACGUAAAUCGGAACGUGGCGGAUGCCUUCUACCGCUACAAGAUGCCCAGGAUAUGCGCCAAGGUGGAGGGCAAGGGCAACGGCAUCAAGACCGUCAUUGUGAACAUGCCUGAAGUCGCCAAGGCGCUCGGCAGGCCCGCCACCUAUCCAACAAAGUACUUUGGAUGCGAGCUGGGCGCUCAAACUCAAUUCGACUUCAAGAACGAGCGGUUCAUCGUUAACGGCAGCCAUGACUCAGCUAAACUACAGGACUUGCUGGACGGAUUCAUUCGCAAGUUCGUGCUGUGCCCGGAGUGCGACAACCCUGAGACAGAGCUGAUCGUGUCGACGAAACGCAACACCAUCUCGCAGGGUUGCAAAGCUUGCGGCUACCACGGCCAGCUCGACUUCAACCACAAGCUCAACACUUUUAUACUCAAGAAUCCUCCUGCUAACGACCCUAGCAUGCAGGGCUCUUCACUAACGGAAGGUAACCGCGGCAAGCGCUCCAAGCGUUCAGGCCCGGGCUCCGGGGGCGCUAACGGAAACCACGACGGACAUGAUGCUGAGGCCAAGAAUGAGAGUGAUGCGCCCAUCACCCCCACGACACCAAACCCUAAGAGCAGUAAGAAGGAAAAAGAUAAGGCAGCUGAUGAGGAUGAUGAUGGCCACUGGACUGUCGAUGUCAGCGAGGCAGCUGUCAGAGCUAGGAUGCAAGAUCUAACGGAGGGUGCGAAAUGCAUGACGGUGUCAGAGGACAGCGAGAAAAAUGAAAAGCAGCGCAUGGACUUGUUCUACGACUACCUUAAGCGACGUUACGAUGCCAAUGAUGUCGAAUCGCCCAAAGCGAUCAACGAAAUUCUGCACGAGAUUGAAAGGCUGGACGUGAAGUCGAAGGCGCCGCUGGUGCUGGUGGAGGUGCUGGUGCGUCCCUCGGCGCUGGCGGGCGACGUGCGGCGGCACCGCGCGCUGCUAGUGCGCUGCACGCGCGCCGACCCGCGCGCGCAACGCUCGGCGCUGCACGCGCUCACGGCGCUGUGCGCGCACCACGCCGCGCUGCUGCCCAAGGUGCCCGCCAUCCUCAAGCUGCUGUACGACGCCGACAUCGUGGAGGAGAAGGCCAUCCUGGAGUGGGCCGCCAAGCCCUCGCGCAAGUACGCCAGCAAGGAGCUGGUGGCCGACGUGCGGCGCCGCGCCACGCCCUUCCUCGAGUGGCUGCAGCACGCCGAGGAGGACUCCAGCGACGGCGGCGCAGACAACGAGGAGGACAUCGAGAUCGAGUACUCAGAUCGUGCAAAGGUGACGCCCAUCAAGGCCGUAGCGGCGACUGCUCCCGCCAGCAAGCCCAAACCGCAGGACGACGACGAUGUCGACGUCGAUAUUGACGCCAUUUAA